AUGCAGCUGCGCUCCAAAGUGCUGCCCUCAGUGGAGCUCCAUCCGCACUGGCGAGUCGACCUGUACAUGCCAGAGCUUGAGGGGCAUGUGGGGAAUAGCGGUGAGGCCAUCCAAUUGGAGAAGGGCCACUGCCACAUACAGAUCCCCAAGAUGGAGCUGUUGCUAUCCCUCAACCAUCUUGGCCGCGAUGUGCGCUUCUUGAUGCGGCGGACACUGCACCGGGGGGCCGUGCUGCAGGGAUCAUGUGUGGAGAGCUGUGGCCCAACGCUGGAAGAGUGCAGCUCGCAUGCACCAGUGGCUGAGGCCAACGCACCAGCUGCGCAGCUUCUGGCAGCGUCCGGCGCCGAUGAGGUGGCGGCUGCGCCGCUGCGCCACAGCUGGUGGGAACGCCAGCGGCAGGAUUACCAGGAGUCAUCCCUCAGGUCACGGCAGACUGUAGCGCGCAGAAGGCCUGCUGGUGUGUGGCUGUACCCGCCGGCAGAGGUGCCACGUGACCGGCAGAAGCACUCCUCGCCGCCGGCAGCCUGGCAGCCUUUGGUCCAUCAGAUCAGGGGCGCUGUCGAAAGGUUGAAGUCGCAGCUGCACCGCGGAAAGCAGGAGGAGACUGCGUGA